AUGGUUCACUAUUUGGACUCCAAGGGGGUGAAAUGUACGAGUCUGGACCCAGUUCACAUGGGGUACGCUGGCGAGUCUUCCCCUCCCAUUAUCGUAUGGAUAGGAGUUGUCCCUGGCUCCCUCUCUGCCGAGGAUGAUGUCGAGGUCGCGACUCACUGCAAGAGUAUCCUUUCUGCUCACGAUAUUGACGACGUCCACGUCGAAAUUCGCGAGUCGGAGGUCAUCCGCUCCGCCGGUCCCAAGAUGUACAAGCCCGUCCUCACCUCCAAUGCCACCACCCGGGCCCGAGAGCCUUUCUCCACUGCCCUUGGUCUCCCCAUCUGCGCCGAAGUUACCCCAUCCAUCGAGGGAACUGGUGGAUUCUUCAUCUCCGACCCUCGCAACCCCAGCAAGAUCUACCUCGUCAUGGCCAGACACGUCGUCUUCCACCCUGAUAAGGGUUCCAAUGAGCUCUACCAGCACUGCGACUCCAGCCAGUGCUGCAGGAACAUCUUGCUGUUUGGCGACACUGCUAUCGAGAAGCAUAUCACGGCCAUCGAGUCCGAGAUCGGUGGCAAGCAUAUCAUCAUCAAGCAGCUCGAGAGGCGGUUGGAGAUUGCUGAGCAGCUGGAUGAGGAGGACGCUGAGGUGGAGUGGAAUCAGGUCCUGCCCCAGUUGGAGGAGGCGUGGAAGGCGAUCGGAGCCCUCGAGAAGUUCCUCGCGGACGACUCCAGAGACUGGAAGAAGCGGGAGAACUGUGUGCUCGGCUACAUCAUUCUGUCUCCCCCCAUCGGUCUCGACGUCAGGGAGGAAGGGUUCAUGGAGGACUGGGCAGUGAUUGAGAUCGAUGAUUCCAAAGUCGACUUGACCAACUUCAUCAGAAACGUCAUCGACCUCAGCACCACCACCCCCGUCGACAAGCUCACAGCCUGGAUGAUCCCCCACCCCGCCAACCCGCCUUCAUUCGAGUAUCCGGGAAGCCAUCUCCUCGAGUUGUACGGCACCAUCUCGGACGAGGAGAUGUGGAAGCCUAGCCCGAAGACCCUCGACCACGACAACGACCCAUGCAUUAUGGUCAUCAAGCGCGGCUACGCCUCCGACCUCACUGUCGGAUGCCUCAACGCCAUUCGUUCAUUCACCAGGGUCUACUUCAAGGGCCAGCCCGGUCAGAUGUCGAAGGAGGUCGCCGUCUUGCCUCACAACUACAAGUCUGGUGCCGUCUCCAGGCCUGGCAACUCUGGCUCGGCUGUCAUCGAUGGCAAGGGCAGGUUUGCUGGCUUGCUCACUGGCGGUGCUAGAGUCACUGAAGAGUCCGACUGCACCUACCUUACCUCCAUCAACUUCCUCCUCAAGUGCAUGUUGGAGCACGGUCUCAAGGCUAACCUCUCCCCCUCCCUCAAUGCUUAA